ACGCACGUGUUUCCCCUGCACAGACUCCGCCCACCCCUCCUCUGCCUCCUGACAGCGAAGAGACGGGCAAAGGCAGAGCCGUGCCUUCAGCAAGUGUCACUGAGCAUGUCCAGAUCGAUAGCGCAUGCGCCCUGACAGCGGAGCGGCCACUCCGGACGGUGCCCGAGAGCGGGCAGCGCGGACCCCAGGUGUUUUGCCGGGCGGGCCCCGCACCAUGGCGCAGCAGGGCGGGCUCAGCAUGAAGGAGCAGAGAUACGACCGGCAGCUCAGGUUGUGGGUGAUCAUGGACAAAAGCUUUAGAAGCUGCUCUGUUUGGAUAAAUGCAACAGCCACAGGAACUGAAAUCCUCAAAUUAGUACUACCAGGUAUUGGCUCAUUUACAAUUGUUGAUGGGAAUCAAGUCACCGGAGAAGAUGUCGGAAAUAAUUUCUUUCUACAGAGAAGCAAUAUUGGCCAGAACCGAGCCCAAAGUGCCACAGAGCUCUUACAAGAAUUAAAUAAUGAUGUUUCAGGAAAUUUUGUGGAAGAGAGUCCAGACAAACUUCUAGACAAUGAUCCUUCAUUUUUCUGUCGGUUUAAUUUAGUGGUUGCAACCCAGUUACCAGAAAGUAUAUUGAUGCGUUUAGCUGAAAUUCUCUGGAAUGCUAACAUCCCUCUGUUAGUCUGUAGGACUUAUGGACUAGUUGGCUAUAUGAGAAUUAUUAUUAAGGAACAUCCAGUCGUUGAAUCCCAUCCAGACAAUGCAUUAGAAGAUCUGAGACUGGACAACCCAUUUCCAGAGCUGAGGGAACAUAUGCAGUCUUAUGACUUGGAUCAUAUGGAAAAAAAGGACCAUAGUCACAUUCCAUGGAUUGUGAUUGUAGCAAAGUAUUUAGCAAAAUGGUACAGUGAGAAAAGUGAGCAGAUACCUAGGAAUUACAAAGAAAAGGAAGCCUUCAGAGAGCUGAUUAGACAAGGAAUCUUAAAGAAUGAAAAUGGGAUCCCAGAAGAUGAAGAGAACUUUGAAGAAGCUAUAAAAAAUGUAAACACAGCACUAAAUGUUACUAAGAUUCCAAGCUGUAUUGAAGACAUUUUUAAUGAUGAUCGUUGCAUCAAUCUCACACAGCAGACGCCGUCCUUUUGGAUUUUAGCUCGAGCUGUAAAAGAAUUUGUAGCAAAAGAGGGGCAAGGAAAUUUACCUGUUCGGGGCACUAUUCCUGAUAUGAUAGCAGAUUCGGGUAAAUUUAUCAAAUUGCAAAAUGUAUACCGUGAAAAAGCAAAGAAAGAUGCUGCUGCUGUGGGUAACCAUGCUGCUAAAUUGUUACAGUCAAUAGGCAAGGCACCAGAGUCAAUUUCACAGAAAGAGUUAAAAUUGCUUUGCAGCAACUCAGCAUUCCUUCGAGUAGUGCGAUGUAGAUCCCUGUCUGAAGAGUAUGGUUUAAAUACAUUUAACAAGGAUGAAAUUAUUUCCAGCAUGGAUAAUCCAGACAGUGAGAUAGUGCUAUACUUAAUGCUACGAGCUGUGGAUAGAUUUUAUAAACAGCAUGGUAGAUACCCAGGUGUGUAUAACUACCAAGUGGAAGAUGAUAUUGGAAAACUGAAAUCUUGCCUCAGUGGUUUUCUUCAGGAAUAUGGGCUGUCUGUAACAGUGAAGGAUGAUUAUGUCCAUGAAUUUUGUCGCUAUGGAGCUGCUGAGCCACAUACUAUCGCUGCAUUCUUGGGAGGUGCUGCUGCUCAAGAGGUUGUCAAAGUAAUUACAGGACAAUUUGUAAUUUUUAAUAACACCUAUAUUUACAGUGGAAUGUCACAGACAUCAGCAACUUUCCAGCUGUAGAACUACUACGGUAUAUAUGUUGGAAAUUGUAAUUGCAGUCAGGUUUACUCCAUUCUGUAAAAUAUCACUAGUGUGGUGUGGUACCACUAACUGAACUCUUAUGUAUUUUCCUCCAUAUUAAAAUCUUAUUGCAAAUAAA